CUCUAGUCCAGUCCCCCAGUGCAUGGAUUUCUCUCUCUUUCUCUCUUCUGCUGGAUGUUCAGGAACGACCAGUGAGGAGGAACUCACGUUAGUUCUGCGAGUUUGUGACCUGGGAUAAACGACACACUUGUGUAAAGUGCAGCGUCAAGGGGAGCCGUUUACCGUCUCGAGGAAGGGGGAGAGCAGGAUUAAAAGCGGAAACAUCGUGUAUUCCUCAAAAACACAGCCAUGAGUCGCAGCAUUGUGCGCCAGAGUAAGUUCCGGCAUGUUUUUGGGCAGGCAGUGAAGGCAGAUCAAGCUUACGAUGACAUCCGGGUUUCCAAAGUGACAUGGGACAGCUCUUUCUGCGCGGUCAACCCAAAGUUUCUGGCAGUUAUAGUGGAGUCUAGUGGAGGAGGAGCCUUUCUGGUGAUGCCUCUCUCGAAGAUGGGUAGAGUUGACAAAAACUACCCUCUAGUGGUUGGACACUCGGGGCCUGUUCUGGAUAUCGACUGGUGUCCUCACAAUGACAACAUCCUGGCCAGCUGCUCUGAAGACACCACUGCCAUGGUAUGGCAGAUCCCUGACCACACACCCUCUCGCCCUAUCAGUGAGCCUAUAGUGGUGCUGGAAGGUCACUCCAAACGAGUGGGAAUCAUCAAAUGGCACCCCACUGCCCGCAACAUACUCCUCACUGCAGGCAGUGAUAAUCUGAUUAUCAUCUGGAACGUGGGCACUGGAGAGGCCUUGAUCACCAUGGAUGACCAUCCGGAUCUGAUCUACAGCGUUGGCUGGAACUACAACGGCAGUCUGUUCUGCACCACCUGCAAGGACCGUCGCCUGCGAGUCUGUGACCCCAGGAAAAAUGAAGUGGUGGCGGAGAGACUGUCUCCACAUGAGGGCAUCAGGCCGAUGAGAGCCAUUUUUACUCGAGAGGGUAAUAUUUUCACCACAGGCUUCACCAGGAUGAGCCAGAGGGAGCUUGGACUGUGGGAUCCGACUAAUUUUGAAGAGCCCAUUGCAUUACUGGAGUUGGACACAAGUAAUGGAGUUUUAUUGCCUUUUUAUGAUCCGGACACUAAUAUAGUGUAUCUCAGUGGCAAGGGUGACAGCAGUAUUCGGUAUUUUGAGAUCACAGAAGAGCCUCCGUAUGUGCAUUACAUCAGCACAUUCAGCAGCAAGGAGCCCCAGAGAGGAAUGGGCUUCAUGCCGAAGAGAGGAGUGGAUGUCAGCAAGUGUGAGAUCGCCAGAUUAUAUAAACUCCAUGAGAGGAAGUGUGAGCCUAUCAUGAUGACAGUACCCAGAAAGUCGGACCUCUUCCAGGAUGAUCUUUUCCCAGAUACAGCAGGUCCAGAUCCAGCUGUGGAGCCUGAAGAAUGGAUGGAUGGACGAGACGCCGACCCCAUCCUCGUGUCCAUGAGGGAUGGAUAUGUUCCUCCCAAAAGCAGAGAGCUGAAGGUGUCCAAGAAGAACGUUCUAGACAGCAGACCUGCCACACGCAGAAGCAUGUCAGCCGUAGACGGAAGCAGUUUGCCACCUCAGUUGUUGGAGAAGCUCAUUGAGGAGAUCCAAAAUCUGAAGGCGACAGUCCUCUCGCAGGAGAAGCGAAUCUGUGACUUAGAGAAUAAGCUUUCGAAAUACACUAACGGCACAGUCUGAAUAAAGCAAGCGGUCCUGUGCA